AUGUGGGAACAGAGUUUGGUGGUUGAUGCUGCUAGUGAGACAGAGGAGUCUGGUGAUGAUGAAGACAAGUCAAGAAGGAAAAACAACGAGAUCUUUGCUGGAUUAGAAGCUGAUGACACAUACAGAACCGUUGGUAAGCUGUGGAAUAGUUACCAGAAGGAAGACGAGGAGGGAUCUGAGACUCCAAUCAAGAGGGGGAAGAGAAACUCCUUGUACUAG